AUUACAGGUUACAGGAGUGAAGUAGUUUGAAGAAGUUUUUCUAAAAAAUUGUUGUUAGUGCUGUUAGCGGAAUAAACUACCAAAAUGGCAUCAAAUCUUGCUUCUGGAGCAGAUCCAAAAUUGCAAGAUAUCAUUACUUCUUUGGAUGAUGAUAAAAUUGAUAUGUUGGCUGCUACUAGUGUUCUACAGCAAAGGGCUACUGAUAUAAGAAGUCAACAUGUGAAUUGGCAGUCCUAUUUCCAAUCCCAGAUGAUUUCUCAAGAAGAUUUCAAUUUUAUUGUGGCUUUUGAUGUACAGAAUAGUGCAAAGAGAGAGUCACUUUUGCACAGUGAACGCCAUCAGUGUGCUCAAACUUUCCUCAACUUGUUGGGGCAUGUUUCCAAAGAUCAAACAUUGCAGUAUAUAUUGGUCCUUUUGGAUGAUAUGUUACAGGAAAACCGUACCCGUGUUGAGAUUUUUCAUGAGUAUGCUAAUGUAAAGAAAGAAUCAGUUUGGGGUCCAUUCUUGAACCUACUGAAUCGUCAGGAUGGUUUUAUUACCAAUAUGACCUCUAGAAUAAUUGCUAAAAUUGCUUGUUGGUCUCAUACACCCAUGGAAAGGUCAGAUUUGCACUUCUAUCUGACUUGGUUGAAAGAUCAACUGAAAACCCAGGAGAACAAGUACCACAUGGCUUGUUCUGCCAGUCCGAGUAUACCCCAAAAAAAAGACAAACGUCGUUGUAUAGAUAUCAUUCGUGGUGCCAACUCUAUAUUAUUCGGGAUGUCCCUCGAAGACGCAACGCGAGUUGCUCAAGAGAACAACGAAUAUAUUCAGUCCGUGGCCCGUUGUCUCCAGAUGAUGUUGAGAAUCGAUGAAUAUCGUUUCGCUUUCGUCUCAGUCGAUGGUAUUUCCACGCUGUUGUCUGUGCUUUCCGGAAGAGUCAAUUUCCAGGUCCAGUACCAGCUGAUCUUCUGCCUGUGGGUGUUGACGUUCAAUCCGUUGUUGGCCGAGAAGAUGAACAAGUUCAACGUUAUACCGAUCCUGGCCGAUAUUCUCAGCGAUUCGGUCAAGGAGAAAGUGACCAGGAUCAUUUUGGCCGUGUUCAGGAACCUGAUCGAGAAACCAGAGGACCAACAGGUGGCCAAGGAACAUUGCAUCGCCAUGGUGCAGUGCAAGGUUCUGAAGCAGUUGGCUAUCUUGGAACAACGCAAGUUUGACGAUGAAGACGUAACUGGAGAUGUCGAAUUUUUGACAGAAAAAUUGCAGUGCUCCGUCCAAGAUUUGAGUUCCUUCGAUGAAUACUCCACUGAGGUGAAAUCAGGACGCUUGGAAUGGUCCCCCGUCCACAAGAGUAAAUUCUGGAGGGAAAACGCGCAACGACUGAAUGAGAAAAACUACGAGCUUCUUCGUAUUCUCAUUCACCUAUUGGAAUCCAGCAAAGAUCCAUUGGUGUUGAGUGUGGCCAGUUUUGAUAUUGGGGAGUAUGUCCGCCACUAUCCUAGAGGAAAGCACGUUAUCGAGCAGUUAGGCGGCAAGCAGCUGGUCAUGCAGCUGUUGGCCCACGAAGAUCCCAACGUACGUUACGAGGCCCUGUUGGCCGUGCAAAAAUUGAUGGUCCACAAUUGGGAGUAUUUGGGGCGGCAGCUCGAAAAAGAGCAAAACAUCGAUAAGAAUCCGGCUGGGGCACAGGUAGCGGGUAAAGUGUAAGAUGUGCUGUCAAAAGUUACAUAACGCCCUUAAUUAAUUACGCUAACAAUAUGAUCCACCUCCAUGUAAAAUGUUGAAGCCAAAUUUGGGUUUAGUUCUAUCCAUCUACUGUUUUUCGGUCAAAGUUCUUGACCUACGGCCUACUUGACAGAAUUAUUCUUUUCAAUAUUGCGGAAUAUAGGUCACAUUUUACCCGUUAGAUGGCGAAAUCUCAACCAAAAUUCAAGGUUGGUAGAACUGAUGACGAUUAUAAUUCCCCAAAAUUACAGUUUCGUACUUUCAAAUAUAAUCUCAUUCGAUUUGAGAUUAGCUUAUGAAUGUUAUGAUAUUAUUAUUUCUAGUGCAAGCGGUGUGUAUUCGUCGUUUUCUGUUUUCUGUCAUGAAAGAAAUCUGUAAAAAAUGUCGCCAUCUAGCGAACAACUGAGAACUAAUAUGCUAUCAUUGCGGAAUCUGCGGUCAAGCGUUCUGGAAGAAACAAAACACUGUCUGUGAUUCCACCAUAUUCGAACCACCUUGAGUUCUAUGCUGGUUCGUAGGCGGUGCUAGCGAAUCUUAGCGAAAUAUCGCCAGUUUGUCUUUACUCCUCGGAAUAUGCUCGAGUCCAUCUAUCUGCAAGUUGCUCAACCAUCUAGGAAUAACCUUCUUUCUGGAGCAGGAAAAUUACUAACUUUGAUAUUCUGACUUUUUAAUGAUGAAAAUAUUUUAAUCCGGCCCUGAUACGGCAUUCCUCGCGUAAAAACAACUUCGAAGAUAUUCUGCAUUACCGAUCUCUACUCUUCACUACUCAACAAAAAGUAGUUCACCUUGUAGCUUAUAGAUAUCGCCGCCCAUUAAGCAAAUUUGGAAGCUAUGUUGAUGCAAGGUUGUAGCAAUUACUCAAACGGACUUUCAGUAAUAUUGCAAAAGUAAAUUUGUAAAUGUAACGUUCCAGCAAUGUCACAGCAACAUGUAAUACUGCUGCAACGCUACAUCAUCUAACUUCACCUUUGCAAUAUUGCUGAACGUCCGUUUCAGUAAUUGCUUCAACAUUGCAUCAACAUAGCUUUCAACUUUGCUUAGUGGGGCACCUACUGAAUAGAAUUUCUGGGUUAAUUGUUGUCAUGACUGGGUUGCCAAUUUGUGAGUUAUAACUCACGUUUGCUAGUUAUUUGAGGGACUGUGAGUGAUUUUGUGACUGAUGGCUAAUUGAAUGUUAUUUGUGAGUUAUCAGAGGUCAGCGACAUUGAAAUAAGUGGAUGACAUGCAUUGAUGUUCGGAAAUCCACGCGUUACAGACAGUAAUUUAUCAUUUCAUCCAUUACUCAUUCAUUCGAAAAUGUAAACGCCGCCACUGAACUUUCAACCUUGAUGAAAAGGAGAAAAAAAAAUAGAAGAAGAAGACAGUGACAGGUGACAGUAUAUCUAUGCUUAGCAAAGAUUACUGAAUUCUUCUUCUAUAGUAUAUGUCAUUAGACCACAGAUUACCACAGAAUAGAUUAUCUGUAAUUAUACAAACAAUAACAAUUAACAAUACAUUAUACUAUAAAUGUCUAUAUUUCGGAAUUUGGAUAGAUUGGUUCUAAGAAGUAAAGUUCUCACUAUUCAGUUAUUUUCAGUCUCAAGGUCCUCGCGAUCUGUCAUCUGUCAAAACCCGGUCUUAUUUUUUGACACAUGAGAUGAGGUCAAGAUUGUUCUGUUGCAGAAAAAGGCAAACGUUAUUAGUUAAUCAUAAAAUUUUUCAUUUUCCUAUAUUUUGUAUCAUUUAUUUAACAAAAAUCUGCCUUGAUGUUGAUAUUUUGAUAGUUGUGAGUUGUUUUGAGUGAUCUCACAUUUUUUCGUGAGGAAAUCAUUGUAGACCUGUUGGCUUCCCUACAGGAGGAUGGUUCAUCUUGUUAGUGUAAAUACUUGAGGCUACCACUUAGUAUUAUUUCUCUAACGAUUUUUAUGUCUAAUGAUAUUUUGAAACUUUACUGUGCCUAUGUUUGUAAAUAGUUUUUGUGUACAUUCCUAUUUAGACAGCAGAUUGGAAAUAUGAAACGUACUAGAUGGAAAUAUUAAAUAUGUAUAGUUGAGUUGUUUUAUUUGAACUGUUAUAAAUCAUGAAUAAAUAAAAUAAAGGACUAUU